CAUGUUUGCAGGACAAGACCAGAGUCCGGCCCCACGUCAGAAUGGACGGACGCGGCAUCAGCCUCGCCGCAGACGACACGUCCAUGAGCUGACACGUGAAGUUUUGCUUGGCCACAGUGACGCGGCAAGCGGAUCUUGUUGCACUGCCUUGUUUUGACACGCUCCAGCCACAGUGGCACCAGCUCUCCACAUUCAACACAUAUACAACGCCAUUUUACUCUGCACAUUGAUCGCUUUCACAAACUUCGACAAAGGAGACGACAGCAAUGGCUCAGCAUCAAGGCUACCGCAGCGUCGCCUAUUUCGUGAACUGGGCCAUCUACGGAAGAAAUCACCAACCGCAAGACAUUCCCGCCGACAAGCUCACUCAUGUGCUUUACUCGUUUGCCAACGUCAGGCCGGACUCGGGAGAAGUGUACUUGACAGACCCAUGGUCGGACACUGACAAGCACUAUCCCACCGAUUCCUGGAACGACACGGGCAACAACGUCUACGGCUGCAUCAAACAGCUCUACCUCCUGAAGAAGAGAAACCGCAACCUAAAGAUCAUCCUCAGUAUCGGCGGCUGGACAUACUCGAGCAACUUUCCACAGCCUGCAUCCGCACAAUCGGGACGUUGCACGUUUGCCCAAAGUGCUGUGCGCCUCGUCAAAGACCUUGGCUUGGACGGUCUGGAUAUCGAUUGGGAGUACCCAAAGAGCGACGCCGAAGCGGAUGACUUUGUCAAACUGUUGCAGGAAUGUCGCAAGGAACUCGAUAAUUACUCUGCCACGUUACCAAACCGACCGCACUUUCUCCUGACGAUCGCCUGCCCUGCUGGCGAGACCAAUAUCAGGUGGCUCAAGUUGCGCGAGAUGGAUCAGUGCUUGGACUUCUGGAACCUGAUGGCAUAUGACUUUGCCGGCUCGUGGGAUUCUUCAGCUGGGCACAUGGCCAAUAUCUUUCCCUCAGCCCAUACUCCGCAAAGUACACCAUUCAGCACCGAUCAGGCUGUACAACGAUACGUGAACGGAGGAGUACCACGCAGUAAGCUCGUACUGGGCAUGCCGCUCUACGGUCGUGCGUUCCAAAACACAGACGGCCCAGGAACUCCAUUCAACGGGGUCGGUGAAGGAAGCUGGGAGAAUGGAGUCUGGGAUUACAAGGUAAGUACGCUCAACUGCGAGGGGUUCCAUAUCUCUUCUCUUCUUGCCCCUCCGAUCGAACAACAACCUCUCCUGAUGAUAAGAGCAAAACACCAAGCCUACCAUCUCAUCGAGACGAAUGACACAACCCCAAAGCCCUCCAGCCGCGGCGGUCGUGCAUUCCACUUCUCAUGAGGCACCAAAUGGAGGCAAUGGGCGGGACUAUCAAAGUCCAAAAAUUACUUGAUCUAAUCUGAACCUCCCCAAUACCAACAUCGAACCAACCCAAACCCCCAGGUCUUCUCACCUCAACCUAAACUAACUUUUCCACCCACCAAUUCUAGUCCCUCCCUCGCCCAAACGCACAAGUCCACCACGACCCGCAAACAAUCUCCUCCUGGUGCUACGAUCCCGCAACCCGAACCAUGGUCUCCUACGACACUCCGGCCGUGGCCGCGCAAAAAGUCGAAUACAUUAAGCAAACUGGCCUGGGAGGUGCAAUGUGGUGGGAAACGAGCGGGGACCAUCCAGCGACACAGGAUAACAGUUUGAUUAAUGUUACAGUGCAAGGGCUGGGUGGGUAUGAAGGAAAACAUAUGGAGCGGCAGGAGAAUGUCUUGGAAUAUCCGGAGAGUAAGUAUGAUAAUCUGAGAGGUGGGAUGCCCGGAGAAUAGCGGCAGGGUUGUUUUUGAGGCAGUGAGUAGGAGGUAGAAUCAGAGGCAAAAGCGUGUGAAGGUGAAUUCAGUCCGAAUUGAAUUGUCCGAGAUGUUUCUUGAAAAAGGCACCAUGUUCUCUCUAUAUGCUGCUCUCUUGCUUCAAAUUAUGCAUAUUACAGUCCGACAUUACUCUCAUGAGCCCAUUUACAGCUAAAUUCAGCCUGUACUGUGCCAAUAGACAGUGCUUCUCGCCAUGGCCAGCAACUGGCCAUGCAUGUUGUCCUCUUCACCUCUUCAUACUCGGUGCAUACCGUGCGCAUCCGUAAGUUGACGAUCAACAGACCGCUC